UGCAAAGGCGAGAGAGAGGAGGCCGUGCGGGAAGCGGGGUGCUAGCGGGGGCAGGGGGCCCCGAUCCCGCCGCAGCAGGGCUCCUCCUCCUGCCCGGGCGUAGCGGAGGCAGCGGCGGCGGCGGGGCUGGCGCGCCAUGCAGGUUCCCGGGCGGCGCGGCGGCGGCGGCGGUAGCGGCAGCAGCGGGCGCUCGCUUGCCUCACUCAGCUUCCCGGGUUAAUUAGUAGUCUCAGUGUGUGGCUGCGAGCGAGGAGCCGCCGCGGCAGAAGAAGGAGCCGCCGCACAAAAGAGCCGCCGCCGCCGCCGCCCGCCUGUGUGCGCGCGCGCCCCCCCCUUCCCUCCCAACCCCGGGCCGGCAGCAGCACCAGCAGCACCGCAGCACCUCCCAGGACAGCAGUUGCUCAGAGAUGAUUGUCAUAUGAGAAGGCAGCCAUGGCCAACAGGAAAUGUCAAAGCACCACAGCCAGCAUGCCGGAUCACCGGGUGAGAACUUGCCCGGCUUCAUCACACAGCAGGGAAGCCGAGAAUGAGGAAAACAGCCUGCCGUUGGAAGACUACAUAGGGAAGGAAACAGAGGUGACUCCUGUCAGACAAGGCAGCCCCGCCCUGGUGGAACACGAGUGUCAUGAUCACAGUGGGGAUGGAGACUCCAGCUCCGAUUACGUCAACAAUACUUCUGAAGAGGAAGACUACGAUGAGGGCCUUCCGGAAGAAGAGGAAGGCAUCACCUAUUAUAUUCGGUACUGCCCGGAAGAUGACAGUUACCUCGAAGGCAUGGACUGCAAUGGGGAAGAGUACGUUCCUCGCGAAGAGCAUCAAGUUGAGACUGAUGAGUGUCAAGAAGCCGUAGAGGAAGAGGAGUGGGUGGAAAACCAAAUACCGCACCGCGAGGAACGUGAGGCUACAGAAGCAGCAAGCUACCAUGAGGGUUGUGUUCAGAUUUUGGAAGGCGAGGUGGCUUCUCUGGAAAUCCAAGACCAAGAGGAGAACGUAAAGUAUUGUCACCAAAGCGAUGACAGUUACCAGGGCUAUUACUCUCCAGAAGCGAAUGGGAACUCCCACGAGAUGUCUCCUUACCAUUCUGGAAAAGAAGAGGUCGAGCUGGAGGAGCAGGAGGAAGACAUUGACCAGAUUGUGGCGGAGAUUAAGAUGAGCAUGAGCAUGAGCAGCAUCAACAGCACAUCGGAAAUGAGCCCAGAGCAUGCUGGGAUGGAGGACGUGCCCAAUGACUAUACAGAGACUUGUCCAAAGGGAGACUCUGGCCACGGGGCCAACAGACUUCCAGGGAGGCCCAAAUCCUUGAACAUCCCCCUUGUGUCCAAGCAAGCUGGAGAUGUGCCCCGAGGCUUCAAGGCCAAGUCAAGAACCCCAGAGGAAAGGCAGACGUGGGCACAGGAACAGGUGUGCAACGGGUUGGAACAGCCUAGGAAGCAGCAGCGGUCGGAUCUCAACGGACCAAUUGACAACAAUAAUAUGCCCGAGACAAAGAAGGUUUCUUCCUUCCCAAGUUUUGUUGAUGUUCCAGGGCCUUGCGAACCCGAAGACCUCAUAGAUGGCAUCAUCUUUGCAGCCAAUUACCUGGGCUCCACGCAGCUGCUCUCCGAGCGCAACCCCUCCAAAAACAUCCGAAUGAUGCAAGCGCAGGAAGCCGUGAGCCGUGUCAAGAGGAUGCAAAAGGCAGCUAAAAUCAAGAAAAAAGCGAGCUCCGAGGGAGAUUCCCAGGCUUUGACAGAGGUCGAUCUCUUCAUCUCCACACAAAGGAUUAAAGUUCUCAAUGCAGAUACGCAGGAAACCAUGAUGGACCACGCACUGCGCACCAUCUCCUAUAUUGCUGAUAUCGGGAAUAUCGUGGUGUUGAUGGCCAGGCGCCGGAUGCCCCGGUCAGCUUCUCAGGACUGCAUUGAGACAACCCCCGGGGCUCAGGAGGGAAAGAAGCAGUACAAGAUGAUCUGCCAUGUCUUUGAAUCUGAGGACGCCCAGCUGAUUGCCCAGUCGAUUGGCCAAGCCUUCAGUGUGGCCUACCAGGAGUUCCUCCGAGCCAAUGGAAUCAACCCGGAGGAUCUUAGCCAGAAGGAGUACAGCGACAUCAUCAAUACCCAGGAAAUGUAUAACGACGAUCUUAUCCAUUUCUCCAACUCGGAGAACUGCAAAGAGCUGCAAAUAGCCAAACAGAAGGGGGAGAUUCUUGGCGUGGUGAUCGUGGAGUCCGGGUGGGGGUCCAUUCUACCCACGGUCAUCCUGGCCAACAUGAUGAACGGAGGCCCUGCGGCCCGCUCAGGAAAGCUCAGCAUCGGGGACCAGAUCAUGUCCAUCAAUGGGACCAGUCUGGUGGGGCUUCCUCUGGCAACGUGUCAAGGAAUCAUCAAGGGUCUUAAGAACCAGACCCAAGUGAAGCUGAACAUCGUUAGCUGCCCUCCGGUCACCACUGUCUUGAUCAAGCGGCCCGAUCUGAAAUACCAGCUGGGCUUCAGCGUACAGAACGGAAUUAUUUGCAGUCUGAUGAGAGGCGGGAUAGCAGAGAGAGGCGGCGUUAGAGUUGGCCACCGAAUCAUCGAAAUCAAUGGCCAAAGUGUUGUGGCCACUGCUCAUGAGAAGAUUGUGCAGGCCUUGUCCAACUCUGUCGGGGAGAUUCAUAUGAAGACCAUGCCGGCCGCCAUGUUCAGGCUGCUAACCGGACAGGAGACGCCGCUGUACAUCUAAUCCAACGCUGCAGCUCCCACCGAAAGAACUGACCGAUCCCACCCAUGCUAGAACCUUCAAGAGGAAUUUUGUAUUUUGUAGGAAUUGAAAGGGUUUGAACCAGGUCGUUGAUCUUCUGGAAACUCAACGGAUCCAGCUUCUUUGCCUUUUUCUUAGUUUCUCUCUUUUUUAAGCAUUCUGUUGCCAAAAGAUGAAGCUGUUACUAUGGACAAUAGCCAAUGACACCAUCUUUCUAACACUUAGGAGUAUUUUGCAACAUCGUCCACAACCCCUUUUCUUACAAGCAUAGGGUGUCAUCCACCAGGAACGUCUCCCACACAAGCCCCACGGCCGCGACUCUGCAUGGUGGGGGGCCCUUCAGUUGGGGCAGUGGGGCUUGCACCGUUGUCCUUUCCAGUGGAUUGUGCUUGUAACAUUUAUUUAAACAUUAAUGUGGCAUGUCUGUCAUGUGUACAUGUCUGCCACUCUUAAAUAGCGUGGCAAAGGUGAAUGUGUGAAUGCCACACUUUGACUGCAGCAUCCAACCUGCUGGGCGCGAGCUGACCGAUUGUGAAGUGACCAAGAAUGUAUGCAAAAAUUCUAGGGGGUUGGGGGCGGGGGAGACAAGCUACUGUCGUCAUUGGUAUCCUUAUUGACAUGUGUCAUGUGUUAAUGAGUUUUGAUGAGCUGUGACUUAAGUGUGAAACAGGAACAAGGGGAAUAGGGGGGAGGGGGUGGCGAUGGGGCAGGAGAAACUUUUCUAACACAAAAUAAAGAAUUGCCACAAUAUGGAUACUGGAUAUUUAUUUAGAUGAAAUAUGUGUAUGUUUUGGAGACGGAAGUGUUUUAAUGACGGAAAUCGAUCUUACAGAGUUGCUGUUGGUCUGUUUUGCACUGGGCGUACCGUACAUGGGAUUCCUAGCGCCAUAUCCCACAACUUUCCAUAUCACUCCUUGAUUUAACGUGAGUUUACUAGGGGGAAGCCAUGCUUUAAAAUAGACAUUUUUUAAAAACAAGUUUCAUCUUUUUAUUUUCCGAGCCAGCGUGAGGUCUGAAUGUAAACCGUGGCGGCAAACGGGGAGUCAACGCCAUCAACAGUAUUAGAAUUUGUGGAGAUGAUAAACCAAGUAAUAGUGAUGUUGUGUUCAUUAUGAGAUAAAUGUCAACUGAUGUAACUUCUGUCUUGAUUUCUUCCCCUCUUUCUCUCUCGACUUUUGGCCAAGGCCUUGAAGAAAAUACACUGUGACUAAAAGAAGCCUUAUUAUACAGUAACAAGAAGCUUUAGGAUUACUGUACUUCAAGGAGUAAUGACACCAUACAUAGAUCUCUGUUGCAUGCAGGUGACCCUAGGAGAGAACUAAUCUAGACUCACUAAUAAAUUUGGAGUAAUAAAGCA